UUGUCCCGUCCGCCCUUCCGUCCAUGUGUUUCGUCUGUAUGUCCCUCGUUCCUUGCGUCCUCCUUCCGCCCUGCGGUCACGCUGUCACCUUCGCCGGCCCGCGGCUCUCCAGCUCUGCCGACAAACAUGAAGAUCUGGGCGUCAGAGCACAUUUUCAACCACCCAUGGGAGACGGUGACCAAGGCCGCAAUGCAGAAAUACCCCAACCCCAUGAACCCCAGUGUGUUUGGUGUAGAUGUUCUGGACAGAAGUGUGGACGCUGAGGGACGGUUACACAGUAAAAGACUGCUCAGCACCGAGUGGGGUCUUCCCGCCAUCGCCAAAUCUAUAAUUGGCUUAACAAGGACGUGCACUUAUGUUCAAGAACAUUCAGUAGUGGACCCCAAAGAGAAGGUCUUUGAGCUCAAAUCUACAAAUAUCUCCUUCACAAACCUGGUGUCCGUAGAUGAGAAGUUGACUUAUAAACCUCAUCCACACCAUCCUGACAAAACGGUUCUGACCCAGGAGGCUCUGAUCAGUGUAAAAGGUGUCAGUCUGAGCAGCUACCUCGAAGGCCUCAUGGCUAACACCAUGACUGUCAACGCCGGCAAGGGCCGCGAGGCGAUGGAGUGGGUCAUUCGGCGGUUGAACGCAGAAAUUGAGGAGCUGGCGGCGACGGCUCGUGGAACCAUGCGUGUGCCUAUGGCGGCUGCUGUUGCCAACAAAUGAUACCGUGACUCCACCUGUCAUGAACUAACACGCCUCUAUGAUUGGCGGCACACCUCAUCAGCCAGUACAGCCUAAUUAGCACAGCCUCUCCUGAGAUACUUUUGUACGUGAGCGUGUGUGUGAGUGAGCGAGAAUCAGUAUUCUGCCAUUUAGCCUUCAUUCUUGUUACGAUUUUAUUCCCACUGUGCCACAAGCUCACUCCUUCAUUACAGUAACUUUCGUCGCAUUUUGACAGACUUAAAAGCACUGUUAACAGCCGUUAUCAUCUUUAAAUGUAUCCGUGUGGACGGACUGGCUGUUUCAGAGCGUUUGGACAACGAAUGAUUCUGUUAGCAUGACUUGAGUCGCUGUACGUCUUAUUCUGCAGUGCUUCAAAGUGGCAGGAAGGAUUGAUGAGAUGUUUGAGGUUUUUCAAGUCAUCCUGAAGUUUUAAAGCUGCAUGAAGAUCUGUCAUCUGCCUCAGCCAUCCAUUCAUGCAGUAAUUCCUUUAACGAACUGUGAUUUCUUUUCCGAGGGGGAACAUUUUCAGAACAGCGGCUGUAAAUAGGUUUCAAUUUAUAUUUUGAUGGUGUUACAUUCCAAGAAUGUGAACCUGUAACUACAAGAAGGAGAAACACACACAAAAAAAUGUUUCAGAAUAAAGGGACGCCAUUGUUUUACGAUGAUGGUGGUAAAAAUGUCAAAUUGUCUGACUUUCUCUUUCCUGUUUAACUUGUCUGUGACCACUGUUGUUAAGUAGCCCUACUUCAACUUGUUAGUUAAACCAUAAUUUUAAUUUCGCAUAAUGUUAACAGAGGGUCUCCUCAUGAUACGAUUUGCGAUACAAGGCUCACGAUAUGGCAAUACAACAAUAAUUGAUAUAA